CAACGUAUCGUUUCGAUGCUUUGGGUUUCUCUGCUCGUUAUCCAUCUGCCCGUUUUUUGGAAAAGGGGGAAAAAUCGAUUUUUCUCUCUCAAAUGGGCCUUCACAUCCUCAAGGCGACACCUUUUUCUUGUUCGACCUCCAAAGCACUGCUCCUCACCACCACCACCACCACCACUGCAAAACCAGCAACUUUCUCUAGUUGUCUCAGUUCUUAUUCGAAAACUGUUUCUAAUUCUUUUCUUCGUUACAAUACCCGCUUGAGAUUUCCUUUUUCUUUGUCAAGGGCCAUUACUUUCUCCCUUUCUUCAUCUGGGUCUGGUAGGUUCCUUUACCAGAGCAAGCGUAGGUUUCGUAGGAGUGUUUUCGUGGCCAUGGCUGCUUCUGGGUCGGUCCAGAAAUCCGAGGAAGAGUGGCGUGCUAUUCUCUCCCCUGAGCAAUUUCGAAUUUUGAGACAAAAGGGCACCGAGUAUCCAGGCUCCGGAGAAUAUGACAAGUUCUUCGGUGAGGGUGUGUAUAACUGUGCAGGAUGUGGGACUCCUCUUUACAGGUCUACUACAAAAUUUAAUUCUGGUUGUGGUUGGCCAGCUUUCUAUGAGGGUCUCCCUGGUGCCAUUAAUCGCAAUCCGGACCCAGAUGGGAUGAGGACUGAAAUUACUUGUGCAGCUUGUGGUGGCCAUUUAGGCCAUGUAUUUAAAGGUGAAGGGUUUCCAACACCCACGAAUGAACGUCAUUGUGUCAAUAGCAUAUCACUCAAGUUUGUUCCUGCAAAUUCUUAGGAGUAAAUCCUAUUAUAGUAGUUAUCUUAGUACUAUUCAUUCUGUAUAAAAUAUGGCCUUAUUGCGUAGACCAUAAUAAGAAGUGAUGUAAUUCUACCUAUGGUUCCAUUGUAUUUGAACUUCAUGCUUUCUUGCAAUAUAUUUCAAGUAAUUGUGAGUUUCUUUGUUGAGUUGCAUAUGGUUACCACGAUGGUAAUUUCCCUGGCAAAAGAUGAACUGAAGAUGGCUUUGGUUUACAUUUAACCAGAGGAGUAUAAUAUGUUGAUAAAUUUUUAUUUUUAAAACAAUAAAAUAAAAUCAUAUCUGUUAGUCAAAAAAAAUCUAACCGUAACUUUUUAGUUUCUUCACAAAAUUUAAUCCAUAUCUUGCGUUGGGUUGACGCAUGCGUUACAUUACCAUACUAGCAGAAACUGCCACGUGUACUUAAGUUUUCCUGUUGGACUAUGUCGGUUACGAGUUUUACUGGUUUUAAAAUCAACCACUUCAUUUUUUUUUUCUUAAACCGACCUCAGUCCUAAGAAAACCGCUUCUUGCCAGGCAUUGCAAUUCUUCUUGAUGUUAAUCUUUCUGACGUGUCCAGUUCUUGCUUUCAUACAGUGUUAACCCUAUUAUCGGUCAGUUAGUAAUCGGCGAGCCUCAGUAGCUGCUACGGCACCCUUUCUCAUUUUUUUUCCGGUAUGCCGC